CACACUUUCUUUAGCAAUGGGGCUUCGACUUAAUCCCUUGGUCGUCGGUGUUUUCCUACUCUCACUUCUUUGCUGCAUUCAAGCCAAGACCCCGGUAUUUGAGGUAGUCGGGGCUAUGCACUGCAGCGAUUGCAUAAACAAUCGCAAUUCAUCUCAAGUUGCAGGGUUUGAAGUUGUGAUCAAGUGCAACGCGAAUGAGAUGAGGGCGCAGGGAAACGGAGGCGUUGAUGAGAGUGGGAAGUUCAACGUGACGCUCUCUGCUGAGACCGCGGGGGACUCUGACGACACGGAUGGCUGCUAUGCGAAGCUGCAGAGUAGAUCCGGUGCGCCCUGCCACAUACAAGCAGCACAAACUGCCUCUCUGAAAAUGAUUAGUAAUUCGACAAUAAAUAUUACUAGGCCCACCGCUGUGGUAAAAUUUUCACCUAUCACUUGCCAAUCUGCCUUCUUUUGGCUUUUCCCCAACCUCACAUUCUUCGGCCCAAAGCCGCGGCCUUCGCCGCCGGAGUACACCCCUCCGCCGGCUGCUUCUCCCGUCCAACCACCAUCUCCGUCUCCUCAGCCGUCAUAUGAUACACCGGCUCCGUCGCUUCCACUUGACGCUCCAUCUCCGCCGCCAACUUCAAGCCCAUCUCCGACACUGCCGCCUUCUUCUCCGGUUAACCUCCGGCGAUCACCACCGCCGCAAAAUGGGCCAAUUCAGUCCCCAAUUGCCCCAAUUCAGUCCCCUGUUCAAACUCAACCACCCGCUGUGAUUGCACCAACGCCGGCGUCGUCGGUUCGGCCAGUGCCGGCGGCUGGAAUAUCGGCCCCGCCGCAGAGGAGGAGGCCGCAUCCGAUUCCGAAAGCGCCGCCGAUUCCGGAGCUGCCGGUGACGCCGAGUGUGCCGAGAAAGUAUUUCAAUCCGCCAAAAUCAAGAUCUAAACCUCCACGUUCCCUUUAGACAUGCAUUUCACAAAUUAUUAUACUAUAGUAUUUGUUGAUAGCUGUAUUAAUUAAUAAUGUAUUGUUGAGUGUGGACUGUUUUAUUUUCAUAUUGAGAUCAAUAAAUUCAUUAGCGUGGACAGGCGGGUUAAUGAUA